CAAGCACCUGGUUUGGCCCAUUAAUGGAAAACGCCCGAAUCCGUUUAGAGUCCAAACUCUUCUUUUUUCCGUUCUCUCAGCUGCGAGUUCACAAACGCAACCGAUCCGAGCGAGAAAACUGAGCUGUAGUGGAAGACAGGGAGAUUUCCUCGAGGGCCCGUCAUCUCUCUCGCCCACGAAUAAAGUGCAGUAUAGAACCACUGUUCUUCUUUAUUCAUUGCUCUGUGGUUACUCCAUUGAUUUCUCGCUCACUUCAGGGACAGGAAUACACUCCUCAUCUCUCAUCAUGUUCAGGCAGUCACCUACAAAUAGGAACCAUAGGUCAAAAGGAUUAAAGUCCAAGCACAUUCUGCAAUUCUGUCUGUUGCUUGUUGUUUGCUUCUGGCUGAUUUAUCAAGUCAAACGCUCCCACGAGAAAAGGAAAGAAUUUGAUGACAAUGAUUCCAAGUUUUCACUAAAGAUGGGAAGCAGCUUUGAUCCUACAAUGUGGGGAAGGAAAGGUCUCCUUCCCCAUUCAGAGGAAAUAACCUUACCUAAUGGCAAGCAAGAUAAGCAGGUGGAAGACGAGAACCCAGAAGAAGAUGAAGAGAAUAAGCCUGAAGAAGAAGAAGAAGCAGAGCAAGAUCAAGACAGCAAGUUUGAAGAUGAAAAUGAUGAAGAUAGAGGAGGUGGAGAUGAUAUCGUUGACGAACAUAAUCAAGAGAAGUCGGGUGAAGAGGUUGAACAAGAGGAAGAAUUUGUUGAUGAUGAGAAAGAUACAGAGGUUGAUGAAACUGACAUGAAAAAUUCUCAGGACCAUGAGCUUGAUGAAGACUCCAGGAGUACACAUGAGGCACAGGAGGAACUUUAUAAAGCAGAUGAUGCUUCAAGUGCAGUGACUCAUGAUACACAAACAGUUACCACUGAAAAUGAGAACGGUGGCUUAGAGGCUGCUAAUGAGAAUGCUGAAGUAAAAAAUCUUGAGCAUGAAAGCAAUCCUGACAAGAAUAUUAGUUUUGUUCAACACACAUCACUGUUAAAGUUCGAUGAUCACGAAACAACUGGGAGUAACAGUUCCUUAAAUACAACAAGCCUCGAAGAAAGUAUUCCUAAGCAUGUCUCAUCGGAUUCUAAGAAUACCUCAAUUGUGAAUCUUAGGAGUGUAGUGGAAUCAAAUAAUACAGAAGUGAGUGGAGAGACACAUGACGUAUCCUUGCAGAAUUUGACACAAUCAAGUUUUGAUUCUACCAUUGAUGGUAAUGUCACUACGAAUGAAACAGCUGGUGGGGAAGACUCUAAGUUGCCAACCGCUGUUAUUCAGCAGGGUAACCACUCUGCUCAGAUUGUUGACGACACUCGGUCUGAUUCUAACUCAACUUCCAUACAAAAUGAGGAUUCAAACUCGACCUCAGUAAAUGCCACACAGGAAGAUGGAACAGGGGAUAAGUCACACUCUUCGGGAGCAGAUACCUCCAAUGAGGUUAAAGCUGAGACAUCCGAAACUGCUGACAAAACUGGUGGAAUAGAUGAAAGGUUGGAGUCCUCAAAUAUCGAGAAUCUAGGUGAAAUUGUCCAAGAUCUAAUUGAUCCUUCUGACACUUCCAUUCCCUUAGAAGAGAAAGACGUUGUUGAUACAGAUCUGGAAACUCUUCCUGACAUACAAACUGAAGGAAGAAACACUGAAGAUGUUGCAGCAGAAUGAAAUAUCUUAUAGAAGAUUAAUGAAAUAGUUUUGUUGAUGCUCAAGUUUUCUCAUAUUUUGGGUUCUUUGUUUUAUUAGUAUCCCAAGUUCUGAGAGUGUUCAUUAGUCUGAAUUAUUGGUAGUUUUCUGGAAAACACAUUUACAUCCUAGCUGGCAAAAUAUAGGCAAGUUGGUGUAUUUCAAGGGAAGUAGCUUGUACAAUCAUUUGUAGUUAACCAUUUUCCUCUUUCAUCCUUAAUUUUUACUUGUGAUUUCAGUAUUA